AUGACCACCGUGGCCGCCUCAUCUAGUAACCGCCCCGUCAACAUCCACUCCACCGUAUCCUCACCCACUACCUCCGAGGCCACUAGUACGAGUGCAAGCAACUUCUCUCCGCCAACUCCUGCACUUGAUAAUAAUCCUCAUCCGCUCCCCCCCCAUAGCAUGGCAAUCUCUACUUCGAAGCCAUCGGUGGGGGAGUCUAUCCUGCGCCAGUAUGCCCAACAUUUAGAUCCUCUCCACGCCGACGAUGAGACCAAUCCCGUACACAACCUGCCCGAUCCCACCUCUCAGACGGUCGACGAGGUGGUUUUGAACCAGGUCCUCAACCUUGCGAACGACCCUCCAAACGAUUCGGUCAAGACCACAUAUAUUGCCCACCAUCCUUCAUGUCCCGUGCCUAAACCUCUUCUCUUGCCAAAGAGUUUCCUCACCCACCGUAAGAGCGCCAAAUCCAACGACAUUCCCAGACAAACAAUCAUGAAGGCGCUCGCCUCGCGACCACUCAGCACCGGACCUACCACGGCCCCGCUAGUUGCGAGUCCCUUCAAGGCUGUGGCGGUUGAUGUAGAGUCCGAGCAAGUCAGCUCAUCUCCAUCACCUUGCCUAACGGCUACGUUCGCGAGCUUACAACCAAGCAAUAUGUCCGGUUACUCCCCCACGUCGACCAGUUUCCUCCGCUCGCCGUGCUUCUUCCACCAGCGUUUCGAGGGCAUCGUAGACAUUCAAAAGGUUUUGGAUGAGAUUGCAGAGGACGAUUAUUCGCAUUCGAGGUUGAUGCAAACCGCAACCGGUGUGCGAGAGGUGUCCAAACAACUGCAACGCAAACCGCUGAAGCGGGCAGUUCGCAAUAUCAUGAUUGUGACAAAGGCUCGCGACAACAGAUUGGUCUAUUUAACGCGCGAUCUCGCUGAGUGGCUGCUCUCGACACCUCGGUACGGGAACGAGCUGGGCGUAAACGUGUAUGUUGACGCCAAGCUCCGACAUUCCAAACGGUUUGAUGCUGCCGGUCUCUUGCAGAAGGAGCCGCGAUUCCAAACGAUGUUGAAGUAUUGGACUCCCGACUUGUGCUGGUCAUCGCCGGAGAAGUUCGAUCUGGUGCUUACGUUGGGCGGUGACGGCACUGUUUUGUUCACGUCUUGGCUAUUUCAAAGGGUCGUCCCACCUGUUCUCUCCUUCUCUCUGGGCAGCUUGGGUUUCUUGACCAAUUUUGAAUUCGACAAGUACAAAGAACAUCUAGAUCGUGUCAUGGGAGACGCUGGAAUGCGUGUUAACCUUCGUAUGCGUUUUACCUGUACGGUGUGGAGAGCCGAUCGGUCUCCUGGCGCUGCAAAGGGUGCAGUUGACGAGGGCGAGCAAUUCGAGGUAUUGAAUGAGCUGGUUAUCGACCGUGGCCCUUCGGCAUAUGUCUCGAACCUGGAGCUCUAUGGUGACGAUGAGCUUUUGACUAUUGUCCAAGCGGAUGGGUGUAUCUUUUCCACCCCGACAGGGUCCACGGCUUAUUCCUUGUCGGCUGGAGGUUCCUUGAUCCACCCGUCCAUCCCGGCCAUCUUGUUGACACCCAUAUGUCCUCACACUCUUUCAUUCCGUCCGAUGGUUCUUUCCGACACUCUUGCCCUGCGGAUCGCAGUGCCGAACAAAUCUCGAUCUUCUGCGUAUUGCUCUUUUGAUGGAAAGGGCCGCAUCGAACUGAAACAAGGUGAUUAUGUAACCUUGGAAGCCUCCCAAUAUCCUUUCCCCACUGUCAUGACUGGCACCAAUGAGUGGGUCGAAAGCGUACAAAGGGCUUUGAGAUGGAAUGUCCGAGGCGCUGUCCAAAAGGGCUGGGAUGAUGGAGGUGAAGAAGAUGGUGACCCGGCUGAGGAGAAAUGGGAUAUCGACAUUGACUCUGCUCCUCUUGGUGGUACUGAUAGCGGUAUUGGUCCAAGCGAAGAUGGCGAUCAUGCCGCAAGUCCCAUGAGGCGACAAAUGAGUCUGUUGAACAUGUGA